CCAGUAAGUACAGUUGAUCGCCCCUCCACCUCCACCGUCGUCAAAGGGAUUUCUUGCUUCCCCCUCCCACUCCGAACCCUAGAAAGUAGAGGAGCUCUUCCCCUCACCCACCAUCGCAGCUUCCUGCUAUUCCAUUUGAGGGAAAAACCUAUUGUUCCCAGCUGAAUUAUCCAUCUGUUCCGAGCUCUUACACUACGCGAUAGCGAAAUCUUAUCCAUAAGCCAUGGACGCGCAGCGAGCUUUGUUGGACGAGCUCAUGGGCUCAGCUCGUAACUUGACGGAGGAAGAGAAGAGGGGAUACAAGGAAAUCAGAUGGGACGAUAAGGAGGUCUGUGCAUUCUAUAUGGUCCGGUUUUGCCCUCACGAUCUCUUCAUCAAUACUCGAAGCGACCUCGGUCCGUGCCCAAGAAUCCAUGAUUUGAAGCUGAAAGAAAGUUUUGAGAACUCUCCAAAGCAUGACGCCUAUGUGCCAAAAUUUGAAGCUGAACUCGCGCAGUUCUGUGAGAAACUGGUGAUGGACUUGGAUAGAAGAGUUAGGCGCGGGCGGGAGCGUCUUGCGCAAGAUGCUGAACCUGUGCCACCUCCUCCUCUUUCUGCUGAAAAAUCUGAACAACUAUCAGUGCUCGAGGAGAAAAUCAAAAACCUGCUGGAGCAGGUGGAAGCCCUUGGUGAAUCUGGAAAAGUAGAUGAAGCUGAAGCACUCAUGAGAAAGGUGGAGAUGCUUAAUACUGAAAAGACUGCUUUGACACAACCUACCCAAAAUGAGAAGGUUCUGAUGCUUACACAGGAGAAGAAGAUGGCUCUUUGUGAGAUAUGUGGCUCGUUUCUGGUGGCUAAUGAUGCAGCAGAGCGGGUUCAGUCUCAUAUCACAGGGAAGCAGCAUGUAGGUUAUGGCAUGGUUAGGGAUUUCAUAGCAGAGUACAAGGAAGCUAAGGAGAAGAGAAGGGAGGAGGAAAGACAAGCAAGGGAAAAAGAAGCUGAGGAGCGGAGGAAGCAGAGAGACAAGGAACAUGAUAAUCAGAGAAGAAGUGAAUCAAGAGACAAGGAUAGAUCCCAUGAUAAGGAGACAGACAGGGACAGGGAGCGAGACCGCUACCGGGAACAUGAUCGCUACCGUGAAAGGUCACGAGAUCUCAAUGGUAGAAGUGGUCGGGAUGGAGGGAGGGGGAUGGAUUGGAGAUCUAGGAAUGGAAGAGAUGGAGGCAGGGACAGGUACCGGGACAGGAGCAGGUCUCGAUCCCCUGGUAGACAUGGAUACUGAAGGUCAUCACAAAGUCCAGUUCACUAAUAUUAUGGAUCUUGUAGACAGAUGAAGAUCUGGACUUGUUGAGGUAGAUUUUCAUCUCAUGAGAUAUUAUGUGCGUGAUUUUGAAGAAUCUUGUUAUGUUGAUUCCAUGGGGUGAAACUCCUUUUUCUUGUAUCACAGAUUUCUUGAAAAUAUGUGAUCUUCAAGGGUUGAGGUAGGUAUUACCUUGGCGCUAGUCUGUUAAUUUUACUAUGCGGGUUUGGAUUUUGUUUUUGGACCAGAUUCAUUGUCUCUGAAAGGCCCCUUUCAGAGUCUUAGCCUUUGCCUGAGCAUGAAUCUCAGCUGCUCUGAUGUCCCAAGCAUAUUAGAGGUCAGGGUUCAAAUAGACAUGAGUGCAACUGCUACCAGUUAUUUUCUCUAUUUGAGGUAAAUGAUUAGUCCUUCCACAACUAAAAAAGAAUUUGGGUUGAUUAUUAUUGCAUGUGACGGUGUAUUUUGCUCUCCGAUGACGGUGAUGUCUUUGAGUCCGGUUAAGUUAAUAUUCUUGGAAGAAACAUGCCUGGGCUUCAAGGAGAUGCAUUUGGAGUUGGGUUUUAUGAUGAUCAUUCUUAAGGCAAAAGACAGAGCACUGCCCUUAUUCACGUUCAGUGUCUGGGGAUCUGGUUAUUGGGCUGGUUUAGCAUGGAUGAGAAAGGUAACAAAUGUUCCAAGUUAGUCCUAGCUUAGAUCAAGUAGUGUGUGCUUUCGUGCUUUUCGUUUUUCUACUCUUUGGUUUUGAUUAUGCUAAGUUUUUUGUAGAGUGAUAUAUUUUGCUGGCUUUUUGCUGUCGGCUUAGAAACAGAACUUUAUUUAGCUGAUGUGCCAUUCCAUGAUCAAGAAAAGUGGUAGCAUUUCCACUAAUGUCAAGGUAUAAACUCGUGUCUCUAUUACGCAGUGUUUUCAACUAUGCAGGAAGAGAAUGGUAUCGUGGUGUAUUAUAGACUCGUAGAUGGUGGAAGGGGAGUGAGGAGUAGUUCUUGCUGGGCGUUGGCAGACUUAAUUUACUCUUCGGUUCCUAGCUGUCUGUAAUGAAUGAAACUGUAGGAGGGUGAUUAAAUCUAGAAAAGUCUCCAUUUAUGGUGGUGGCUUUUACAAUCUGUUCUGCCCAUUGGCUUGAGACUUGUUCGGUUGUUCCUGAACUUUCUAAUGAUUGUACUUGUGGUGUGAAUGGUCCAACAAGCAGGCAAUUCUGGACAUUAUACA